ACGGACCACUGCCCGUCGACUAUACUUCCGCCCAACGAAUCACGAUGACUGAGGGGACCUGCUAAGGAUAGAACCAGAAGAGUUGUCUACCUUCCCCGCUAAUAUCCUAUGGCAUCGGCUAUAAAUACCGUUGUUCUUGCCUUGUUUCUCUUUUUCUCCUUCCUUCUCCUCUUAAGCCUACCGAGCCGCUUCCCAGCUAGAUCCCCGGAGCAGUUCGAUCCCGCCCGUUGCUUGGCUUUCAAGAUAUCACUGUUGGUCCUCUCUCUCUCUCUCUCUUUCUGUAUCGGGAGAAAGGUGAGGAGAAGGGGGCAACAUGGACGGGAUCAUGGGGAUUCGGAAGGUGGCGUCUCACUGCUCGUUGGUGGAUGGGGACGAUCUUGACCUCGCACGGCUGCUUGAUAAGCCAAAGCUGAACAUUGAGCGCCAAAGAUCCUUUGACGAUAGGUCCCUCAGCGAGCUCUCCAUUAACAUCCGAGCGGUGGAUGCCUUUGACAGCAUGUACUCACCCGGCGGAAUAAGGUCUGGCUUCGAUACCCCUGCAUCUUCGGCGAGGAACUCUUUCGAGCCACAUCCAAUGGUUGCUGAGGCCUGGGAGGCUCUUCGGCGUUCGCUGGUGUACUUUCGCGGCCAACCGGUGGGGACAAUUGCUGCUGUGGAUCAUGCUUCCGAAGAGGUUCUAAAUUAUGAUCAGGUGUUUGUCCGUGAUUUUGUACCAAGUGCUUUAGCCUUUCUGAUUAAUGGUGAGCCAGAGAUUGUAAAAAAUUUUCUCCUUAAAACCCUUCUUCUUCAAGGGUGGGAAAAGAGGGUUGACCGUUUCAAGCUUGGAGAAGGUGUUAUGCCAGCAAGCUUCAAGGUGCUCCAUGAUCCUCUUAGAAAAGUUGAUACAAUUAUUGCAGAUUUUGGUGAAAGUGCAAUUGGAAGAGUAGCACCUGUUGAUUCUGGAUUUUGGUGGAUAAUUCUAUUACGUGCCUAUACAAAGUCAACUGGUGAUUUAUCUCUUGCCGAAACUCCUGAAUGCCAAAAAGGAAUGAGACUUAUAUUAGCAUUAUGCUUAUCAGAGGGAUUUGACACAUUCCCUACUUUACUAUGUGCAGAUGGUUGUUCAAUGAUAGAUAGAAGAAUGGGCAUUUAUGGGUAUCCGAUUGAGAUUCAGGCCCUUUUUUUUAUGGCUUUAAGGUGUGCUUUGGCAAUGCUGAAACAUGAUGCAGAAGGAAAAGAAUUUAUUGAGCGAAUAGUGAAACGUCUGCAUGCUUUAAGUUAUCACAUGAGGAACUACUUUUGGCUUGAUUUCCAAAAGCUAAAUGUCAUUUAUCGCUAUAAAACGGAGGAGUAUUCUCACACAGCAGUCAACAAAUUUAAUGUUAUCCCUGACUCGAUUCCAGAAUGGGUUUUUGAUUUUAUGCCUACACGUGGUGGUUACUUCAUUGGAAAUGUCAGUCCUGCAAGGAUGGACUUCAGAUGGUUUGCUUUGGGUAAUUGUUUUGCCAUUUUAUCAUCACUUGCUACUCCUGAACAGUCUAUGGCUAUAAUGGACCUGAUUGAAGCACGCUGGGAUGAGUUAGUUGGAGAGAUGCCUCUAAAAAUAGCUUAUCCUGCCAUUGAGGGCCAUGAAUGGAGGAUUGUGACAGGUUGUGAUCCCAAGAAUACCAGAUGGAGUUACCACAAUGGAGGUUCUUGGCCAGUGCUGCUCUGGAUGCUUACUGCAGCAUGCAUCAAGACAGGUCGUCCUCAGAUUGCUCGGCGAGCGAUAGAAGUUGCUGAGACCCGGCUUCUGAAGGAUGGCUGGCCUGAAUAUUAUGACGGAACCCUUGGACGGUAUGUGGGCAAACAAGCCAGAAAGUUUCAGACAUGGUCUAUAGCAGGGUAUCUGGUGGCCAAGAUGAUGUUGGAGGACCCCUCACAUUUAGGUAUGAUUUCUCUCGAGGAGGAUAAGGCAAUGAAGCCUCUCAUGAAGAGAUCCAGUUCAUGGACUUGCUAAGCUUUUUGGGUUGAAGGGAGAAAAUUUACAGUUUUAAUUUUACACUAUUAUUUGACUAAAGCUUUUCCACAUAUUCCCUUUUGGGGGUUUUUCAAUGAAAAGUUUUGGUCUGUAAAAUAUGAUAUUUAGCACCACUGGUCCGAAUGAAAAGGUUAGCUUUUUCAUUUAUGCCAGAAAUUUAAUGGUGUUUGAUGUAUUAAGAAACUUGGAACUAAAUGAGAUUAAUUGGUCUCUUCGCUAA